AACUUUCCAUUGCGAAUCCAAAUGGGCGCACACCUGGCGCAUUAACCACCAAUUCAACCCUACCAUCACCAACGCAUCUCAGCUUCAGUGCGUAGAGCUCCCUCCCUAAGAGGGGGAGCAAACCAACCACAGUCGCCAUGGCUUCGUACAACGGCCACCGAUUAUACACGCCCUCCGAGAUUCACCUCGCCCUCUUACGUCCGGCCAUCCUCCAGAUUCUACGCGCGCAAGGCUACUACGCGUCGACAUCCAGCACAAUCGACUGUCUCACCGAGCUAGCAGGGCAAUACCUCUACGAGAUCUCCAAGCGGACGGCCGAACACGCCACCAUGAACAACUAUCUCGGACCACCAGGCACACCCGACGUGGUCGACGUGCGCCUUGCGCUCGAAGAAUGCGGUGCGCUCAGUCCCGGCGUGAGCCCAGCACCACCAGCCAAGCGCCGACAUCUCAGCCCAGGCGACGCAGCGGACGGCGACGAGACGUAUGACGACGACGAAGAAGGAGAAGAAGACACAGCCGGCGUCGAAGAAUUCAUACGCUGGGCCAUAGGCCGCAAAAACAUGCGCAUACGGAAGAUUGCAGGCGUAGUGGUACCCCCGGGCGCCGCUAUAGUAGGCGCAGAGGGUGAAGAUGGCACAGAGGUAGAAGAGAGACCAUCCGAUUAUCUCGAUGCGCUGAAAAGAAAACACAACAAAACGGACCAGGACUCCAAGUACGCCGGGACCAUCCUCGGCCGCAGCAUCGACCACGGCGAAGUCCUAGUAGAAGGCGGGCCAGACACCAGCCUCGCGGCAUGGGCGGCGCGGAUGCGCGAGGCAUCGUUACGACCGCCCGACCCGCAGCAUCCCACAGGAGACGAGGGCGACUCUCCCCGACCACCUAGUUCCGGACUCAGCUCGUUAGGCGACGAGGAGAUGGAGAUGAUGGACUUUGACUAACAGGAGGAGAAUCAUCCCUGAAAAGAAAAACAAAAGAAAUCCAAACAAGAAAGAGUUAUGGCUGGCUCUUAUUUCGUGAUACCCCCUUCCCUUCCUCCCUCUCAAAUACUAAUACAACUACUCACUAUCCACCAUCCCCCAGUCACGAGAAGGAGAGGGAACAAAGCAAACAAGCUGCAUAGCCUGGCGUUAGUUAGUACGUUUCAAGGGAUUUUGCAUUAAAGGGGUUUGCCCAAGCAAUGUCGACUAUGGCGUUAGAGUUAGGGACAUGAGGAAAACAAACUAAUCGAGCGUGGUGGAUAUCUGAGAAUGAAUGCUCUUCCCAGUCUGAAUAAUAAUUAUUCUUCAACCCAUCUCAU